UAAAAACGUAUAAAAAGUGAAAAGGAGAAUAAAACACACGAUUGUCUAAACGAAAGAAUCACCGCUUCUCUCUAAUAAAAUUGUUUUAUCAAACAUUCAUUUGUUACACCUGUUAUAUAUAGACAUACACAUACGAGCUUAGUGAUGUGUAGCUCGCCACGUGUUUCGUAAUCCCGGACACGCCUGAAAAAUCGAUCGCAGAGUCACGCUUGACAGCCACUGACAGCUGAUUUCGCGUCCCCCUGGCGGCCGAACGUGGUACUAAAAGUGACAUUUCCUCGCGUACGUCGCCGAACAGCGAUGUCGCGGCUGAAUUGUUAGACCUGUCAGAAUCCACGAAUUGUCAGGUGGAAUCGACGAAUUGGACGCACUUUGUGUAAUUUUACAAUGAAUUAGAUAAUAAAUAAUUGUUCGGCUCUCGUGAAUCUUGCGUGAUUUUCGGGUUUGAUUGUGAUAUAACCUCUUAUCGUAAGACUAACCGUCUUGACGAGCAUAAAAUCGCUUCAAAAUGAUGCAACAAUAUAUGAAGGAAUUGGAACAGGAUCCAUUUGACCCUGAGGAAUUUGUGGAACGAUUGGCUUGGAGGACUGUCAAUGACAACACAAAAGAUGGAGGGAAGACAUUCUUCGAUCCGGUUAUCGUUCAUGAAACCUUCUUGCAGGCAAUCAAAGAUUUGCAGGUGUUGCAGGAACGUCAGCAGAAGAAAUGCGAUAAGUUGGAGGUUGCAUUGAAGGAAGAGGAAGCCCGGCAUGCGUUUGAAAUACUAGGACUGCAGGAGAGAAAUAGACAUUCUAUCGAGUUGUUCCAUCAAUUGGACGAGAGAAUAAAUCUCGUGGCUACCAAAGUCCUACACUUGGGAGAUCAAUUGGAAAGUGUUAACAUACCAAGGGCAAGAGCAGUGGAAGCUCAAAAAUUAAUGAGGCACUUUUCAGAAUUUUUAAGCCCUGGUCCAUUGACUGACCCAAUAUUCACUGAUAAAUCCUCGUUGAACGAUGCCGCAGAUGUGAUACAGAAACUUUAUCUCAUAGCUCAGGAGCUCCCCUCUGAAAAGUUCGAGCACGCUAAAAAGAAGAUUAACGUUAAAUACGACGAGAUAGAACGGAAUCUGAUCGAGGAGUUCGUAAGAGCGCACAAUAGAGAAGAUGCACCGCGUAUGAAGGAAUUGGCGAGUACUCUGGCCCAUUUCAAGGGUUAUUCUCAGUGCAUCGACGCGUUCAUAGAACAAAGCCAGAUGGGCUCUUUUGGUGGCAAGGACGUCUUUCAAGAUGUCAUACCUAUGUGUACAAAGUAUCAGAAACUCAUGCAACAGGUGUUUUCCAAUCCUGAACAAGUGAUGGCUAAAUUCGUCCUGAAUAUUUACCAUCUGCGACUUCAAAAGUACGCAGUAGCUAAGUUAGCCGACAAAACUGACUCUGACAAGUAUCUCAGGAACUUGUAUGACUUGUACACAAGAACAGUCAAGCUGUCCAAUGAUCUCAGGGUCUUCAAUAUGGGUACCGAUGAUACUUACCUCGCUAAGCUCACUAGAAAUAUCUUUCAGAAAUAUUUGGAUACUUAUAUUACGAUUGAAACAAAGGCGUUUCGUGAAAAAUCAGCGGCACUCCUUAUCGAAUAUUACGAAUCUAAGAAUCAUCAGAAAAAGCAGUUGCAGACGGGUGGUUUUCAAGAGCUGCGUCGAGAUUUGCAGGCUGUAUUAGGUGCAAGGACGAAUAUAAAUAUCGCUCAAAUAGAGGAUUAUGGAGGCGAAACAUUCCUGUCGGAGGAGCUAGCAAUUGCGAUAUUGCAGAGGAGCAAGCUCGCGUUUCAAAGAUGCCAAUUACUGUCGCAGCCUGUCGACAUUCCCGGAAAUGCACUGCAGAUCUUCGAGAUAUUGCUACAAUAUUUAAUAAACGAACACGUAGACUAUGCCCUGGAAUUAGGUCUACAAAGCGUACCUAUACCAGAAAGCAGAACUCAACCAGAGAUCUAUUUCUUUAAUGUGGUUCAUCAGUGCAAUGGCAUUGUCCGACUCUUGGAGGAACAAUUCAACGACAGUGUAUUGCCUCUUGUCUUAUCCACGCCCAAACACGCCGAGUGUUUGUUGAAGAAAAAAGCGAUAUUGGAGCAGAUCGAUGUCAAGUUGGACACCGGCCUGGACAGAAGCAUAAACGCCAUUGUAGGCUGGGUGAAAGUGUAUCUACAAAACGAACAGAAGAAGACUGACUUCAAGCCGGAAACCGAUGUGGAUACCAUAAAUACUCCCGCCUGUUUAGUGGUGGUUCAGUACGUGAGUGGAAUGAUACGACUGAUACGAAAUACCUUGGAUGGCAGGCACCUGGAUACCGCUCUCAAGGAACUAGGGGUCAGAUUUCACAAAGUCAUUUACGAUAAUUUGCAACAAUUUCAAUUUAAUUCCGCCGGAGCUAUGUGCGCCAUAUGCGAUAUGAACGAAUAUCGCAAGUGCAUUAAAGAGCUGGACGUUGAAUUUGUUACAAAUCUCUUUGAUACCCUACAUGCUCUGUGUAAUUUGUUAUUGGUCAAGCCGGAGAAUCUGAAACAGGUCUGCACGGGAGAGCAACUGAUGACGCUUGAUCGUACCGUUCUACUCAACUUUAUUCAAUUGAGAACUGAUUACAAGACACAGAAGUUGGCCAAUUGUUUAAAAGGCCUAGCAACAUGAUGACAUAUUCUACUUGCGUAACAAAAAACACUUUGUCCUCAGCCUAAUCAUUUGUAUAAUUGAUAUAUAUUGCAUAAU